AUGUCUGACGUCAAGGUUGAAAUUGAUCGUUCAUCCACUGAUGGUACAUUCACCAAUCAUGAUAUCAUUAGAGGUAAAGUAACCUUAGUUGUAACUAAAGCUAUAACUUUAAACUGGAUUCAAGUUAAACUAGAAGGUAUAUCAUCAACCCAACUAAACAUACCACGGCAACAGAGUAAUGGUAAACGAGAUAAAGAUCGUAAAGAUAAGAUUAUACGAGAUCAACACAAGGUACUUUAUGAUACUCAAAUUGUAUUUCCACCAGAUAAUGUACGACAAGUGUCUCAAGCUAAAGAUUUUACCUUGGCUCCUGGUAAUUACUCAUAUGCUUUUGAGUUUAAGAUUCCCUUGAAUAAUUCGUGUGUUAAGAUGGGAGGUAUAACUAAUAAAGUUUCAUUAAAUUUGAAGUCGUUUGAUGUUAUGAUAAACAAUGGGAAUUUCAAUACUACUUUUGUCAAGAAUAAAGCUCAGCAAAUGGCUAAUGAACAUGGAUUUCCUGGGGGAGGAGGUGCUAACGGUGGAGGUGGAGGUGGAGGUGGGGGAGGCAAUGGCAAAAGAAAAGGAUCAUUUACACCACCCCCACCAAAACAAAGUUAUCACAUCACCUCUCAACUACCACCAUCGUUAUCAGGAAUUGGUGAAUUUGCUAAUGUAAAGUACUUUAUCAAAGUUACUUGCAAGAGAUCGUCCUUUUUAAAAUCCAACUUACGAGCUUAUGAUCCUUUUAUUUUUCUACCCUUGGAUUUAGACGUUCAAAAUCGUCCAUUACUUGGUAACCAACAAUUUGAAUUAGAAUAUAAAGAAGCUUUUGUGAGGAAAGAAUUGACAUUUAGAAAUAGAAUACCGGAAAUUGUUGCGGUGAAAGUCACGGCUAGUCCUCAGAAAACAUCUGAAAAGAAGGCAUUGCCUGCUGUACCUCCACCCCCACCACAACAGCAACUACAACUGCAUCAGCCGCCACCAAAGAAGCAAGGGUUUAUGCUGAGAUUAUUUGGUGGUGCUGAUUCUGCGUCCUCAUCCAGCUCAAACGUUAUCCCAAAUUACCCAAAGCGAAUCCAACAACAACAAUCAAGAAGUAGGAAUAAUGUCCCUGAAAUUAAAUCUAAAGAUGUUCCAUUUUCAUUUGAAAUUAGAUUUAGGUACCCGGCAUUUCUUAUACCUACAAAACCACCUUCUUUUAAACUAUACCUAAUAUCUAAUCUCAAUCCAUCAAGGUAUACAUUAGCAGAAUAUGGAAGACCCGAUGAAUCCAAUGGAUUGGGUAUCAUUUACUUGCAAAAACUUACGGUCAAACUUACUUCAAUAACCCUUGUUUCUGUUGUCGAAAAUGAUGGUGCCUCAAAUGAAUAUCAUUUAGGUCAACAUGAAGAAAUCAUGACUGUUUGUAACAAUACCUAUCAAAACUUGAAAUUUGAUUUAAUGCAUGGGCGAGUCAACCCCAAUGCGUCCAACUCAUCUACUUCGCCACAAUCUUCUACUAAUUUACAUGCACCUGGUGGUUCAGUUUAUGAAAUUGAAAUACCUCGCAAAUAUUUCGACAAUUGCAUUUUGCCUGAUCAUUUAUCCCCCAGUUUUAAAACAUGUAAUAUCACUAGAAAAUAUGUCCUUAGUGUCGUUGGUGGAUUUUCAUGUGAACAAAUUCAUGAUUUUAGAGAUAAACAAGAAUGUAGUAAAAAGAUAAAAUAUGUUGAUUUAACAUGUGAUAAUAUUAAAGUACUUAGUGGAUUGAAUAUGACUAGUACUUUACAGUCAAAUGCUUCGAGGUCAUCAAUUCCUUUGAAUAAUAAUGGUGGAAUAACUCAAAGUCAUUCUGCUCUGAAGUUGCCAACACCUACUCCACCACCAGUAGGACCACCUUCAUUACCGCCAAAGAAUUCUGAAAGACUGUAUUCACAUUCUUCCGUGACUCCAUCGAGUAAUGGACACACAAGUAGUUAUAGUUCAGCUGGUAAUGGUGGAAUGCCUACUCUUGGUGUUGGUGGUAGUUCCCCAAAUGAUGGUGGGGUUGAUGAUAGUGGAGCAUUGGCAGCAGCUACCGCAGCUAUGCUCCCUACUUAUGAAGAUGUGGUUUUAGAAAGUUCGUAUCAAGAUGAUAGUGAACAUCAACGAGCAAGGAGAAGGUAUCAUCAACACGAGCAAUACUAUUCUAAUCCGGAGUAG